GAGCAUGGCCAAUCUUUUGCUCUAAGCUCUCCACACAAACACAAACCUGCCUCCCUAAUCCAAACACCAAAGCCCCCCGCAACCCCAACAAGGCAACAACAUUCUUUGAUUUCCGUAAAAACCACACAUACCUCUUUCUCUCUCUGUCUCUCUCUCUCCAAAAACACUCUGCCAUGGCUUCUCUUUCUCUCUCUCUCCAAAAACACCCUCUCCCUUGUCUCCUUCCAAGACAAUCCCCUAAACCCCUUUCAUCAUCUCCUCACAACCUCUUCAUUCUCCCCAAAUCAUCGCAUUCCCAUUUCUACGGUACUAUCCAGCUCUCUUCUCCUCCCUCCCUCGCCCUCCCAUCUUCCCAUUCUUCUUCAAGGAAGAAGACUCUCAUUUUUGCUAAGGUAAACAAGGGUAGGGUGCCUCCAAUUUUCACAUUGAAAGAUCAAGAAGGAAGGAAUGUGACCCUCUCCAAAUUCAAAGGAAAGCCUGUGGUUGUUUACUUCUACCCUGCUGAUGAAUCCCCUGGUUGCACCAAACAGGCAUGUGCCUUCAGGGACUCCUAUGAAAAGUUUAAGAAAGCAGGAGCUGAGGUAGUUGGAAUCAGUGGUGACGACCCAUCAUCGCACAAGGAAUUUGCAAAGAAAUACAGACUUCCAUACACAUUGCUGAGUGAUGAGGGAAAUAAGAUCAGAAAAGAGUGGGGAGUGCCUGGAGAUCUGUUUGGAACACUGCCCGGAAGACAGACUUAUGUUCUAGACAAGAAUGGAGUGGUUCAACUUAUCUACAAUAACCAAUUCCAACCGGAAAAGCACAUUGACGAAACCUUGAAGCUUCUUCAAAGUAUUUAACCUUUUUCCAUACUUCCGUCUUUGUUUUCUUUAAUUCCUCUCCCUCCCCGUUUGUUUACCGUAAUUCAUGUUUUGGAUUUAGAUCAUUGACCUCUCUUAUGAGUUUGGCCUUGUGUAUCGUUUACUUCUGUGUAAUCAA